AUGAACGGCGUCGCGCCCGCCGGCGCCGGGGGCGGCCGCGCGGCCUCCUCCUCCUCGGGGGCGGCGUCCUCGUCGGGGGCGGCGUCCUCCGCCUCCAACAUGCCGCCGCAGCGGUCGCCGUUCGCCAUCCAGGAGCUGCUGGGACUCAGCGACGACUCUGCGGCCCCCGCGAGCGCCCCGCGGUACGGGGGCGGCCCGCCGCCCGGCCCUCUGCCGCCCCCGGGCCAGCUACCGCCCCCGGGGGCGGCGUCCGCCUCCGCCACCGGGCCGUACCAGUACGCGGGCCACGCUCACCACCUGGCGUCGCGCAUGGCGUACUUCAACGUGGCGGCGGCCGCCUUCCUGCCGCACAACGUGGCCGCCGCCGCCGCCAUGUCGGUGCACCACCACCAGCACCACCAGCAGCACCACCAGCACCAGCAGCACCACCAGCAGCUGGCGCAGCACCAGCACCCGCAGCACCAGCCGCCCGCCCACGCAGGGCCCGCCGCCUCCACCCCCGUCUCCGCCUCCGGGCUUGCUGCCGCAUCAGGGUUCCCGCAGCUCAAGAACUGCUUCACCUCCAGUGGUGGCUGUAUGACAGGACUCGGCCUCCCGGAGAACGCGGGGAAGGACUUCUCUGCGGACGGCCUGGGCUUCAACAAGAAGAAGAAGAAGAAGAGGCGGCACAGGACCAUCUUCACGAGCUACCAGCUGGAGGAACUGGAGAAGGCGUUCAAGGAGGCGCACUAUCCGGACGUGUACGCCCGCGAGAUGCUGUCGCUCAAGACGGACCUGCCCGAGGACAGGAUACAGGUGUGGUUCCAGAACCGGCGCGCCAAGUGGCGCAAGACGGAGAAGUGCUGGGGCCGCAGCACCAUCAUGGCGGAGUACGGCCUGUACGGCGCCAUGGUGCGCCACUCGCUGCCGCUGCCGGAGACCAUCCUGAAGAGCGCCAAGGAGAGCAACGAGUGCGUCGCGCCCUGGCUGCUAGGGAUGCAUCGCAAGUCGCUGGAGGCGGCCGAGCAGCUCAAGGACAGCCCGGCGGCGGGCAGUGACCGAGAGGACUCCAGCUCGGCCCCCGGCGGCGGCUCCGACACGGCGCGCGGCGACAGCGACAACAGCUCGCACAGCUCGCCCGGGGGCAGCAGCCAGGCGUCGUCGUCGGCGGCCGCCAGUCCCAGGCCCCACCACAUGUCGGCGCCGCCGGGCCCCGGCGCCGGAGGCGGCAGCGGGGGCGUAGGCGUCGUGUCGACGCCGCCGCAGGCCUCCGCCCCUGACCCCGAGCAGCUGCGCAACGACAGCAUAGCGUGCCUGCGCGCCAAGGCGCAGGAGCACCUGCUGAGCCUGGGGGCGGCAGGGGCGGCAGCGGCGGCCGGCCUGCUGCAGCAGCAGCACCACCCCCACCAGCACCCGCCCCCGGUCUUCUGA